AUGAAAUUUCAACCUGGAAUCUUACCUAUAGUUAUUCAACUAAAUGCACUACUUGGCAAAAAAGGUCAUUCUCUAAAAGAUUUAAAUGAUUAUUGGGAUGUAGCAACUUAUUUUGAAUUACAUGCUGUCCUACAUGAUUGGUCAAAAGCAUGUCAAGCAGCUUUACAUAUGUAUUUACUUAAUCCUCCAAUAUGGUAUUUAAAAUCUACAAUAAAUAAUUUAAAAAUGCUUCAUAAAGGAACAUGCUUACGUGAUCAAGAACGAUUAUCAUGUGAACAAUCAUCAAUAACAACUGCUCAUGAACAUAUAUACAGUUUUUGGAUAGAGUUUUUUAGUGAUGCUAUUAAUUCUAAUUCAACAUCAUCUGAAGAAAGAGAAUUACCAGCUCAAGUACCAAUUCUUGUUUGUGAUAAUUAUGAAAAAAGUGAUGGAGAACCAGUAAAUAAUAUUUAUGUUGAAGCAAAUUUGCAUUUAAAUUUUCAUACGGGUCAAGAACCUGAAACACUUGUUAUACGUAUUCUUGAACAACAAAAACAUAUACGUAAAGGUGAUCUUGUUAAAACAGUUGAUAUGAAUUCAAUUAGAUCAAUUAUAAAUGUUAAACGUGACAAUCGAUCUAUUUUUUUAUAUGCAUAUGAAAAUUCUGAAACAUUCUCAUCUGUUGAACUUCAAAUUUAUUUUUCAUCAGCUGAACGACGUACAGCAUUUAAUGAAAAAAUGUCCAAAUAUCGUGGAGAAACAAAUGCUGAAGAAACUAAAUUAGAGUUAAAUGUGGAAUUUGAUCGUGAUCAACAUGGUCAACGUAUUGCACUUGGUCAAGGUACAUAUGGAAAAGUUUAUCUAGCACACGAUCGUAUAACAUGGCAAGCAUUUGCUGUCAAAGAAAUUCCAAUGCGUAAUCCAUCUUAUACAGAAGCUCUCGAAAAUGAAAUUAAAAUAUUAUCAACACUUAAUCAUAAAAAUAUUGUUAGUUAUUAUGGUACAGCUAUUGAUUUGAAGAAAAAACCUCCAAUCUUUCAAGUUAUGAUGGAAUAUGUUGAUGGUGGUAGUCUUUCAAAACUUCUUUCGAAAUUUGGACAAUUUCCUGAACCAUCUAUUAGAAAAUAUACUCGACAGCUUCUUGACGGUCUACAAUAUUUACAUGAAAAUCAUAUUUUACAUCGAGAUAUUAAAUCAGCUAAUAUUCUUAUUAAUUUAAGAGGUGAAAUCAAAAUUGCUGAUUUUGGUACAUCAAAACGUCUUGCUGGUCUUCAUCUUUGUACCGAAGGGAGUGUUGGAACUCUUCAAUAUAUGUCCCCUGAUGUUGUUCUUGUACCACCGAUGGGUUAUGGACCAGAAGUUGAUAUUUGGAGUGUUGGAUGUACAGUUAUUGAAAUGGCAACUGGUAAACGACCAUUUCAUAAUAUAACAAAUAAUUAUGCAUUAUUAUUCAAACUUGGCAAUGAAAAACAAGCACCUGAUAUUCCACCUGAAUUAUCUGAUACAGCUAAAGAUUUUCUAGCCAAAUGUUUUGAACCAGCAAAUAGACGUCCAUCGGCUAAAGAUUUAUUAAAUCAUCCAUUUUGCAAGCCAGCUCGUAAUAUAACAACUCAAAUAUCAAUUGAUGAUUGCCGUCGCACUGAAUUAGCAAGCUUUCUACGUGAUAAAGAAAUUCGAGUAGAUCUUAUUAAUCAAUGGAUGGUUUUAAUAGAAGAAAAAAAUGAAACUGAACGAUUAAAUAUUAGAGAACUUCUAAUUUUAUUAGAUGGCAUUUGUGAUUAUUUGGAUCAAGGAAAUGUAGAUUCAUUAGGACAUGCCUUAGAUCAAAUAUGCGAUAGAACAAAAAUGGAUAGUGAUUUACGUAUUGAUCUUGAACGAUCAUUUUAUUUUUUUAUAAGAGCUGCAAAUAAUGUUCUUUCAUCAAGAAAUCUACAAGCUCCACAUGUUUUAUUUGCACUUGAUAAUAUUAUGCGUCGUAUAGCCGAACAUCUUGUUGGUCUUAUUCGACCAGAUUUUAUUCCUGCUAAUAGCACUAUGCCACCAUUGACACCAGGCACUGAUUUAUUAGUUGGUGCAUUACAUUCAACUGCAUCCUCAAGUAAUAGUCUUGAUGGAAAGAUCAAUGAUGAAGUAACACGUUUAUAUGAACAAUAUAGAACACUCGCUGAAAAAAAUCGAGAACAACUUCAUCGAUUGAUUAAUAUUGAAAAUAAUAUUGGAACAAAAAUAACUGAAUUGAUAAAUACGAAACGAAAUAACCCAUCAAGUAAAACAUUCGAAUUUUUCUUACCUACACAAACAUCUACAGCAACCGAAAAUCCGAAUUUUCCAAACCCAUCUGCUCCAAUAUCACCAGAACAAACAAAUGGAACUCAUAUUACAUCAACGUCAAGAGGAAUAAAACGUUCACAUGCACUUCUUGAUCUCGAACAAGAACACGAACGCUUAUUGAACGAUGUUACUGAUAAUCGAGCUCGUGUAAAUGAAAUACUCAACGCAUAA